AAUAGAAUCAACAACAUUAAUUGCAUUUCCAGUACAUCUCCUAAUGGCCACGCAGUUUCAAGUGCUCUUCAACAAUUCAACUGAGGAUCUGUUGAAUUCACCUACAAAAGUUGGUUAUUCAUAUUCAACUCCUACUCACCAGGGAAGUUGUUGGAGACGGUCAGCGGCGUGCUUUAGCGCUGCAACUUCUUGACCUGGUACGUGACUUUGUUCUGAUGUCAGGGAGGUCCAUUGCUGGCGCCGGAGAUGUCAUGAAGAAAGACUGCACCGAUCUCAUUCGUCGGAUUGCUCUCCUGAUUCAUCUGGCGGAGGAGAUCACAAACUUUUGUAGUGGCAGCGGGGAGAAUUUUGAGGCAUUGAAUGAUGAUGGGUCUUCUUCAUCAUCUUCUUCGUUGGAUUGCCUUUCGGAAGUGGUCGGAGCAAUUCAGGCAGCAAAGCGGCUUCUGUACAUGGCUUUGACUUUCUCUGUAUACGACGAGGAAGGUUGUGGUGCGACUUCGACGGAGGAAGCUACCAAAAAAUUGGUUCUACAAUUUCAAUACGUGACAACAAGAUUGGAAACUGCACUUUCAAAUCUGCCGUACGACCACUUUUGUGUCUCAGACGAAGUACAAGAACAGGUUGAUUUGGUUAGAGCUCAAUUGAGGAGAGCAUCAAACAAGUAUGAAUCUAUGUCUAACCCUGCAGAAAAGAAGCUUCAAACUCGAGGUUCUGUAAAAUGGAUGAUCAAUAAUGAUGUCAAGAGUAUUUCUAGUGUUGAUGAUGGAGAUGUAGAGUCUCAGCAUCAUCCUCGGAACUGCAAUUAUCCGACUAGUUUCGAUUCGGUGAAUUCUUGUUUUGAUGAGAGUUCAAGUGUUGUUCAUUCUGAUAUGGAAGAUGUUCUAGCCAGCAAGAGCCAAGAUGAGGUUAGGAAGCCUAUUGAAGUUGACAUUCCUGAAAACUUCUUGUGCCCCAUUUCCUUUGAGUUGAUGUUGGAUCCCGUCAUCUGCUCGACCGGACAGACAUAUGAAAGAUCCAACGUACAAAAUUGGAUAGACAGAGGAAAUAGAACAUGUCCAAAAACUCAGGAGCAGCUCCAAACUCUGAUCCUCACUCCAAAUUUUCUAAUGAGAAAACUGAUAGCUGAAUGGUGUGAAGAGCACAAUGUGAAGCUAGAGGAAGGAUUAACCAGCAGGAAAUUUAAGAAGUAUAGAUCCUUCGAAGACGACUGCCGAAGGACUCUGCCGAUAAAAACUCUCGUUCGACACCUUUCAUUCGGGUCAAUUCAGGAGCAGAAAAUAGCUGUAACCGAGAUUCGAAAACUAUCGAAAAGCAGCUCAGAUCAUAGAGUUGAAAUAGCAGAAGCAGGAGCAAUCCCACAGCUGGUUAACCUUUUAACUUCAGAAGAUAUUGUAACACAAGAGAAUGCAAUGUCUUGCAUUCUCAACCUUUCACUUCAUGAGCAAAACAAGAGACUUGUUAUGCUUUCUGGUGCUGUUUCUUACAUUUCCAAAGUCCUCAAAGUUGGGAGCAUGGAAGGGAGAGAGUGUGCUGCUGCGACGAUUUACAGCUUGUCGUUAGCCGAUGAGAACAAGGCAAUAAUCGGGGCUUCAGGUGUGAUACCGGACCUGUUAGAAAUUCUCGAGAUCGGUAGCCCGAGAGGGCAGAAAGAUGCUGCAGGAGCUCUAUUGAAUUUGUGUAUGUACCAAGGGAACAAGGGCAGGGCUUUGAAGGCUGGGAUUGUCAGACCAUUGUUGAAAAUACUCUCUGAUCCAAAUGGAUCUUUGGUUGAUGAUGCUCUCUAUAUAAUGUCAGUUCUUUGCGGCCACCCAGAAGCGAAAGCUGCAAUGGCGAAUGCGAAUACGCUGCUCGUAUUGACCGAUGUUCUGAAGAUGGGAUCCUCUCGCAGCAAGGAAAAUGCAGCUGCAGUUCUGCUUGCAUUGUGCAAGGGAGAUUGGGAGAAGCUGGAAUGGUUAACUAGGCUUGGCGCAAUGGCGUCGUUGAUGAAACUUGCGGAGAACGGCACGGGGAGAGCGAGGCGGAAGGCUGCUUCAUUGUUGGAACAACUCAGAAAGUCAUGAACAAGAUUCAAAUCAGUUUCUGCUGUGCUCUGAGAGCCUCAGUUCUUCUAUGGCCUUCUUUUUCUUUUUGACAUUUACAUAAAAAACAAUGUGAAUAGUUUUAUUUUUCUUUUGAGUUUAUCAUAUUCAAGUCUGUUUUUGCUAGUUUAUGCAUUUUUUUUGUCUCAA